GCUCCAAUUCAAAUCCCUGAAAGACACCGUUCGUCGUUUUGGCUGCCAGUAAACCCAGAUCCCGAGGAAUCAUCAACGACCGACGACCAACGACGACCAACGACUCAUUGCUGGGAUUGGAUUGAGCUGAGAGCCUCAUCAUGGCGGAAGACGAUCCUUGGGUGGGUCUCUUGUCCGCCAUCCGGGACGAGCGACCUCCCUUGGAGUUUUGCGCCCGUUUACUGGGCUUGGAUACACCCGUCCUUCGUUUAGAAUGGGCGGAACACGUUUGGCCUCGACUCCAAACAAUUUGGCUAUCCGGCUUGCGCUCGUUGGACAUGGACCACGCCCCACCUAGAACGGAUGAGGAGAUGGUUUUGUUCCAGUUGGUGUGCUUGUAUUCGGCCGUGGUCAAACGUCAAUGCAGUCUUACGUAUUCGGCCUUAUUACGCCUACCCGAGGCGGAUCAAAAUAGACUCACCGAUCUCUUCAGAUUCUUGUUGGAAGAAGGCGAGGCGCUCAACCGACGCUCCUUAGUCGAGUACCUGAGCGUCCAUGGUCGCCCAUCCAUUUCUGGUCCGGAUCCUCCUUCCACGCCCACCACACGCCAUGCCCUCCGCGAACGUUCGGGAUUUCGAUCCUCUCGUACGCGCACCCGCUCCUCCCCGGGCGUGUACGCCAGCUCACCCGGAGGUCGUUCCUCAGGUUCCGUGUCCUCGAUACACGAUUCCGAGGACGCUCCUGCUCCUUCUUCGCCCUUGAAACGCUUCAUGCAAUCGCCCGUGACACAACAAGUGUCCAAGUAUCAAGAAAUCGCUCAUCAACAAACCCGCUUAACUCUGGCCACCAAAGUCGAGUUAGAUCAAGAGCGUUCAGAGAAUGCCAUGCUCAAGGAGGACCUCAUCUCGGCUCGACGAGAAUUGGAGAACCUCAAGGGAUCGCUUCAGGCUUCUCGGAGUGAAGUGUACAACCUCAAGCAGAUCGACGAGAGCCAGGAGCUCGAAGAUGUGAUAUGCAAGUUGAAGGACGAACUUCGGCGUAAAUCGUGCCAGCACGAUUGUCAAUCCUUGACCGACCAAUUGUACGAUGCCCAGAGCCGUUGUCAAUCCUUGGAGGGCUCGUUGGAUGGAAUAAAGCGAAAGAUGGCCGAGAUGGCUCAGAAAAACGCCUCCUUUGAGACGCAAGUGGUUAAUCUAGAGAUCGAGGCCAAAAUGAAGGUAGCAGAAAAUGAGCGAUUGAAGGAGUCGCUGGAAGAGCUUGAGAAACUGGUCAAGGACCUGAGUGAUACGAAGAAGAACGACAGUGGAAAUGGCUCCUUGAUGAGUCCGCUAUCUCGACGAGCUCAGAGAAGGUCUAUGUCCUUCUCAAGUCCCGAGAAUCCGGAUCAAUCCGGUGAAGUACUCGCUGAUAUCCUAGUCCCGGAUUUGGAGGAGAAACUCGCCCAAUCUGAACGUCGAAACGUGGAACUGUCUCUGAAGUUGACAUCGAUCCAGACCAAAUUAGUUGAGCAAGACCAGAUACGCAUGGCCUUGAAGAACGCCUUAACAACUAAGGAUAAGGACUUGAAGACUCUGGAGGCAGAGAAGUUUGAAAUUCAGGGGAAAUACGAACAUAAGAUGGUGCAAUUCGAAAAGAAGAUGAUGGAAGUGCAAGAAGAACGUCAAGAGUUGAAUAACGAAUUCAAGAUCAAGAUCGACUCCCUGGAAUCUGAGGUGAACCAUGUCAAGUCCACCAAUGCUGAGCUUGAGAAUGAUCUUUGUCAAUUAAGCAAGUCGAAAGAUGACUUGAUGCAAGAAUAUGAAGAAUUCCGAACCUCACAAGACAAACAAAUUCAGGAUUUGAAUCAGGAUCGUGAGAGAAUUGUUCAAGAUUUGAGGAGGGCUCAAGCCCAAAAUGAGUCGAUCCAGGAAGAAAUCCUCAUCAAGUCCAAAGAAUCCGAGAAAAUCCAUCUUGACUUCCAAACUCAGUUGAAUCAAUUAUCAAACACCAACCAAGCAAUGAAGGAGAAGAAUCGAGAACUAACCCGAGAUAUUUUGGAAAAAGAUUCGAAAAUCCAAAAGUUGGAGCACGCUGUUGUGGAUCAAACCCAGGAAUUGAACGCACUUCAGCAAACCAACAAUAUUCAGGAGAAGGAAAUGGAAUCUCUCCAAACCCGGUUCCAAGAAAUCAUUGCGGAAAGGGAAUCAAUCAAGCAUGAAAUGACCUUAGCUCAAAAGAAGAUUGUGGAUUUAUCGUUAGAGAUGGCGGAUAAAGAGAUGAAAUGCGAGGAGUUGGAAAAGAAGAGCCAGAAACUGGACGCGAUUCAAACCAAAAAUGAAGAUUUGUUGAAGGAAAUAUCGGAGAUCCGUCAGCAACGUGAAUCACAAGUUGAGGAAUUCCUACAAAGAAUUCAAACCCUGGAGCAAGAUAAUCACGAUGUCCAAUCGAAAUCGGAUCUUCGAAUGCAAGAGAUUCAAGCAGAAAAGGAAGGUUUAUUGAAAGACAUGACUGAGAUCCGUCACCAGCAUGAGUCACAAAUUGAGGAAUUCCGACAAAAAAUCCAGACUCUGGAACAAGAUAGUCGGGAUGUCCAAUCGAGGUUGGACCUUCAAAUUCAAGAGAUUCUGGAGCAAAAAGACGUGUUAUCGGAACAAUUCCGCAAUCUUCAAACUGAGAAGAAUAAUGAGACCAAGACUCUCGAAGAGAAACUCCAUUUCUUGGAGACAGAAAAUCGCGAACAAAAACAGAAGAUUGAAAUUGAUUCCCAAGACUUGGCCAAACUUGGAGUCGAAAAGGAUGCCCUUAUGAAACAAAUGUCAGAGACUUCAAGAAACAAGGACCUGGAAUCAAAGCAACUUCUCGAGACCAUCCAGUCUUUAGAGGCUCAAAAACGAGAAAUCAAGACCGAAUUGCAGACAUGUUCUCAAGAUUUGGACCACCUUCGUGAGCAAAAAACGGCUAUUGAGCAAGACUUGGUCAAUCUUCGAGAACGAAACGAGUCCGAGAUUCAAGAUCUGAAGACUGCCAUUCAAUCCAUGCGAAGUGAAAAACAAGACAUUCAAGACAAGCUGGAGGUUCAACGGGAAGCCUUCAACCAUAUUCAAGAAGAGAAUACGGUCCUGGUGAAUCGAAUCGAGGAGACUGAGAAAGCAAAGGAAUCUGAAUCAUCUGCAUUCAAAACUCAAAUCCAAGCUCUGGAAGCUUUGAAUCAAGAAAAUGAGAACAUUUGCAAGAGAGUGAAGAAAGAAUUGGAACAAGUCAAAACCGAGAAAGAAGAGCUGUUGGACGGGAUCGCCGAAAUCCGGGAUGGAAAAGAGACCAAGUUCCAAGAGUUGUUGGAAAAGAUCCAAAGUUUGGAGAAGACCAAUCUUGAAGCUCAAGAAAAAGUAGAUUCGGGAGAGCACGAAUUGAGGAAGAUUCAAGCCGAGAACGUAGAUUUGACGAGUCAGAUGAGCUUGAUCCAAAGACAAAAUGAAUCUGAAUUGAAGGACCUCCAAGUCAAGAUUGAAGCUUUAGAGCACAGAAAAGAUGAAGUAGAGGCAAAUGCAAACUUCAAUAAGGAAGAGCUCCUGAACACGAUCACAGAAUCUCAACAAGAAGCCAAGAAUCUGGUGAUUAAAAUCAAGUCUCUCGAACUUGACAAUCAGAAGAUCCAUUCUGAUUUUGUCGCCCAAGGUCAAUUGCUCCAGGAGCUCGAAAUCAAGCACCAAGAGCUUUUGAAAGAUCACACCGAUUUGUUACAGAAAAUCCAGACUCUAGAAAAAGCUCUGUCCGACUCCACCCAGUCAAACACUUAUCUCGCCCAAAUCCAGUCCCAAUAUGACGAAUCCAAAUCUCAGGUUGAAUUCCUCCAGAAAAUGAAUGCUGAUUUGAAACAAGAUCUCAACCAAAGACAAUCACAAGAAUCCAAGAAGUCUCUUGAAGUCCAAACCCUGUCUGAGAAGUUGACUGAACUAUCCAAAAGCGUCUCUGAUAAGGAUCAAGAUAUCAUGGCAUUGAAUGCAGCUUUAGCAUCUGAGAAGAAGCAAUUCCAAGAGCUGCAAGAACAGCUAACUCAGACUGAACUUGAUCUUGAAGAAACGCGUCAAAAGGUGAACGACGUGGCCUUGGAGAAUCGAGAAUCCAAUGAGGAUCACACGAUGGAAAUUCAAGAGAUCCACGCUAAAUAUAAGGAAGAAAUCCAAGCUUUAGAACAACAACACAAGGAAGCAUUGAAUACCAAGGUUCUUGAGAUUGAAAACGAACGAACCAAGAUGACUUUAGUCAACGAGAAGUUGGAAACUCUUCUGGAGAGCCAAGACAAAUUACAAACCGAGCUAAGGUCGAGAAUAAAGAGCGAGCACCUCAAAACUACUGCCGAGGAUAACAGUGUCAAGAUUCAAGAACUGGAAAGCCAAUUAAGCAAAGCCCGAGAAGAUUUCAAGAAGAUAGAGGAAAGAAACGCAACCAUGAAGACCAAAUAUCAGAACAAACUCAAAGAAGCAUCCGAGGAAAUUAACAAGAAGUACACGGAGAAACUUGACGAGUUCCAGAAGAAAUUCAGAGCCGAGAACGCCAAACUCAAAGAGGAAAGAAACGAGGCCAAGGCUCGAGUUGAGGAAACCCUAAAGCAAUAUCAUGAAGAGAAAGAGAAAUUGCCGAGUGAAAACGCCUUGAAAGAGCUCCAAAAGAAGUACGAAACGUGCAAGAAGCUCUUAGUGGUGCGUCAAAACGAGAAUGACACUUUGAAGAAGAAACUGAAAUCUGCACCUCAGUUGCAAAGUUUGGCUCCUGCUGAGCCACCGGAGCCAAACUUGAGGCGUAACACCAUCGCUCCACAAACUCUCAAGCCCAAAGAUUUGCCCAAAAUUGAAGUGUCCAAAUUUGGAGGGUCGUCGGAAAGUGUUUUCAAGUGUCCCACAAACACGCCCGGACGUUGCAAGCCCGGACGAACCCAAUCCGAAGUCGCGAUGGGACGCCGUCCCCCGGCGGGAUAUGGAUCCAUGGUUCUCAUGGAUGACGAAGCAGGCGAGAUGUUUUCAAGUUCGUAUUUAAUGGAUGCCAAAUCUGGACGAUGUGAGCUCAAUUCCACUGGUGGACGAAUUAGUGAGCUCUCCAGGCGAAACAGCAUGUACCCAGCUCAUCUGCAAUCGAGUUAUCCUGCCGAGACCCAGUUCUAUGCUGCCAAGCAAUUUAGAGACGAUGACCUACGUUCAGGUCGGCUCAGCGAUGUACACAAUUUGGUUGAGAAGACCUCACAAAUGCGUGUGGACUCGCCUGCUGCUAAUACCCGCAGUCGUUCCCGUAUCACGGGCAAUCCGGAAAGCGAUAUAAAUUCGCCCAAUCCUUUACCGUUGAGCAUCGGAGGCAGAAAACGACGAUCUGAGGCCCAUCAAAAUCCUCCCGACAAUCCGUUUGCAUCCAGAUCCAGUGUCCAGAGGAGCAGUUCCAGGAGCUCAAAUUCGAGUAUGGUGUCCAAUGAUUCGUCUUUGAUUGGCGUGUCAGCUUUGAAGAAGCCCAAAAUGGCCCUGGCCACGAGUUACUCCAAACCUGGCCCGCCCACACCUGCCCUCAAAGGCAAGAGGGGCCUUCACACCAGUUUCGGGUCCCACGACGGCACCUUGAACCGCUCCAAUCGGUCCAUUGCCCCGCAGGACAAAACCCAUGAUAAGACCCCUCUUUUGGACACCACCAACACUUCUGAGUCGUCAAUCAAUCGUUCCAGCUUACGCUCCAGGAUCAUUGGCACCCCCGGUUCGCUGAAGAAGGUCAUGGCCAGAGCUUUCUCAACGAAUCGGAAGAAAUACAAUGUGAAACGUCCACCCUCUACAAAUGGAGUGAAUGGUCCGCAAGAGAACGAGGAAACCGUUCAAAGUGAUCACGCUAGAUCAGAAGCAAUAAAUAAGCAGAUUGAAAUCGUUACCCCAAAAAUGGGUAAAAAGAGGAACAAGGAAGCGGCCAAGAAUCCGGUACUUAGGCAACCGAACCAAGAGGAGGCAGGUCAGAAAGUGAGUCCAAAACCAAAGAAGACCAAGAAGAAGAAGGCGAAGAAAGAUCCGAUGGAUAUCACUCAAGAGCAACUGAAAAAAGCCGUUUUAGACUUAGGCGGGGAUGAGAAAGACAUGGAUCUUAUGGAAGAAGUCCCAUCCAUUGAAGAGGAAGUGCUCGAGGACGAGACCGAAAAAGCCCCGGAGGAUUUCUCCCUGACAGCUCGUAAAGAAUUAGAGGCAUUCAUCAAGAACCUGGGCUUGGACAAGAAGUUUCAAAAUGUGGCCGACGUUGAAGUCGACCAGGAUGAGGCUGAAGAAAUCGGCGAACCUGAUGAUGAUGAGGAUUGGGCGGAUGAAUCCGAUUCCGAACCCGAGGACCAGACCCAAGUUCAAGUGGAAGAAGUGUCCUCCACCACCACCAACUUACCCGAAGAACCCACCAAAGCUCCCAAGACUGAGAAAGCCGGUCCUGAAUUCCAUUUCUUGAAGGAUAAACCCGAGCGAUCCCACUGUGUGGUGAAAUCCGAGGACAAAUGGUUCAACAUAUUCGAUAUCGCCGAAGACGAUCUGGCCCACGUAUCGCCCACACCGGAUUAUUGGAUGCCCAAACUGGAAAAGUUUGCAGGAUCGUUACUAGAACUAGAGGUGCAGAAUCACAAGGCCAUGAAAGCCAAAGGAGCCAAGCGAUCCGAGGCCAACUGGCUCCAAACCGUGCUUAAAUCUGGCGCACUAGGUGACAAGAUCUCAGCCUUCAGUGUGAUGCUUCAAGAAAAUCCAGUCCACAGCCUCACGGCCUUGACCAAUCUCAUUGAGAUGGUAAGUCUGAAAAGUCGAAGGCCAUGUAUGAUGGCCAUGGAAGCGCUGACGGAAUUGCUCACCAAUCAUCUCUUGCCUUCGGAUCGGAAGCUUAAGGCCUUUCGCGAGCAGCCUUUUGGGCUCUUGCCCAAAUUGUCAGGAGGAAAUAAGGACACUCGUGAUCGCUACUUGAUCGUGUGGUGGUUCGAGCAUCAGUUGAAAGUGACCUACGCUCAGUUUCUCAAGGCCCUGGACGAUGUGUCCAAGGACACAAUUGAGAAGACCAAGAUCCAAGCCAUGAAUACUGUCCUUGAGCUGUUGAAAUCCACACCCGAGUGUGAAGAUGAGUUGUUAACAAAACUGAUCAAUAAAUUGGGCGAUCCAGUUCGGAGUAUUGCGGCCAAGGCCAUGCAUCUCCUGGGAAAGCUCCUAAUUGCUCACCCUUUGAUGAAGGGAAUUGUGGUCAAGGAGGUGGAACGAAUCCUUUACCGACCCAAUGUGAGUCCCAAGGCCCAGUAUUAUGGGAUCUGUUUCCUCAGUCAAGUUCUCUUGGAAGAGGAUGAACUGGAUCUGGCCAACAAGUUGAUUCAGAUCUACUUUGGUUUCUUCAAAUCGAGCGUGAAGAAGGGAGAGAUUGAUACGAAGCUCAUGUCGGCUUUGCUGACUGGAGUGAACCGGGCUUUUCCGUACGCCAAAUUGGAUUCCAACCUGUUGGAGGAUCAAAUUCAGAUCAUGUUUCGAGUGGUCAAACUCUCUUCAUUCAAUACGAGUAUCCAGGCUUUGAUGCUUUUGUAUCAGAUCAUGGAUCAUGGAGAGUCUUGUACGGAUCGUUUCUACACCACUCUAUACAAGAAGGUGCAAGAUCCGGGAUUUGAAAUGUCCUCAAAGCAAACUAUGUUUCUUAAUUUGUUGUACAAGGCCAUGAAGAAUGAUGCAUCGUCCAACCGAAUUCGAGCGUUCGUGAAGAGGUUGCUCCAAAUGUGCCAGUACUUUUCGCCUCAUCUGGUCUGUGGAUGCCUUUUCCUCGUCUCCGAAGUUGUUCGUGAUCGCAAGGACAUCCAUCUUCAUCAAAGAUCCCAUGGAAUGGCGGAAAAUGCAAUGGACAAGUUUGAGGAGGAGGACGACGAAGAGGAGCACUACGACGACGUCAAGGACGAGGAUGAAGAAGAACAAGAACAAGGAAGUGACGAAGAAGAAGAUGAGAAGCCCGAGGUGAAGCCAUUAUCCCAUUCCACUUCUUGGGUGCAUUUGAAGAACAUGAAAGGCCAGAUGAUUCAUCGGAAGAACAUGGGCUACGAUCCUAACCAUCGUAACCCCAUGUAUUGUGGGGCAGAGCAUAGCGUCAUGUGGGAGUUGGAGCUCUUGACCCAACACUUUCAUCCUUCCGUGGCUCUCUUCGCCCAAAAGAUCUUGGACCAAAUUCAGAUCAAGUACUCGGGAGAUCCUUUACAAGAUUUCACGCUUAUGAGGUUUCUGGACCGGUUCGUGUUCCGAAAUCCCAAGAAAGAACCUUUGAAGGGGAAACCCAGCACUAUAUUGGCCAAAAGGGGGCAGUACAUGGCCCAAGGUGUCCGAUCCAUCGCUCCGGAUAGUAAGGAUUACGUUCAACGAGACGAGGCAACAAUCCCAGAGGACGAGAAAUUCUUGUACAAAUUCUUCCGCGAAAAGGCCUCCAAGAAGACCGACGCAGAAGACAGCGAUGCCUCAAGUGUCACCUCUGAAGACUUCAACAAGUUCAUGGACGACAUGUCUGGCAAUAUGGAUGGUGUAGACGAAGAUUUGCAGGACUUGAAGGCACUCGAGGACGACGAUGAAGAUGGUGACGAGCGUGAAGACAACGACUCCGACGAAGAACCCAAGCUGGAUGGAGAGAAUAGCGAGGACGAUGCUAACUUUGAAGCUCUGGAGGAUAUGGAUGAUGACGGAGAAGACUCGGAUGACGAAUUUGAUGAAGAGGGCUUUGGCGGAGAAGACGAAUCUGGCGGCAGUGGCAGCGAGGAUCUAGAUAAUCCCCAGAAAACAGACAAGCUCAAUCGCAUGAGAAAAAAGUUCAGCAUGGCCAAGAGUGGCGGAGACUUGUCGAGCCUGCUCGCUUCAGCCGAAGAGUUUGCGGAUAUGAUCGACGAAAACCAGGAUGACAUGGAUCUGGGCGGAUCCGAAGCCAUGUCCACCGUCAAAGACCGUGCCGGAGUGAAACAAUUGAAGUGGGAGAAGAACCGCAAUCAGAAGGGCGUCAAAAACAACUGGUCGAAGAAAUCAAAAUCUGGCGCCAAAAGUUUCAACAACAAAUCGGCAGCAGGCGGCAAGACGAAAUUCAGCGCGAAAUCGAAAAAAAAGAGGAAAUGAGUUUGGAAGGGUCGUCCCCUCAUCACGCUUCGAUUGAUACAAAUCAUUAAACCCUCAAAUCUUGAAAAAGCUCAAAGGAAUAACGUUCGUUUAAUUCAAAAGUAUGUAUUUGUUGAGUGAGUAAGUACAAUCUUAGUAGAGUACGUAGUA